AGAUGGACUCUCACCUAUGACACUGUUUGGCUACUUCAACGAGCGAGUGAGGGCCAACCUGCACUUGGUAGUGGCCAUGUCCCCCAUAGGUGACACCUUCAGGACCAGGCUCAGGAUGUUCCCCUCCCUCAUUAACUGCUGCACUAUAGACUGGUUUACUGCAUGGCCUGAUGAUGCCUUGGAGAUGGUGGCCACAUCACUGCUGCAGGAAACUAAACUGGAGGCAUCAUUGUUGGCUCACUGUGUCACUGUCUGCAAGUAUUUCCACCACAGCAUUGAUGACCUUGCCCACAGGUUCUAUGAGCAGCUGCGGCGGAGGUACUAUGUGACAUUGUGACACCCACCUCCUACCUGGAGCUCGUGUUCACCUUCAAGCAGCUCCUCCUUAAGAAGCGCUCAGAGAUCCUCACACUACGGGACAGGUAUGUGACAGGUCUGGAGAAACUGAAAGAGGCCAAGCUGUUGAUCACUGAACUGCAAGAAGAGCUAAAGCUGCUGCAGCCCUGCCUAGUGGAGACCUCUGCCAACACGGAGGCACUUAUGAUCAAGAUCGAACAAGACACCAUCCAAGUGGAGAGGAAACAAGAGUUGGUGGCGGCAGACGAGGCGGUGGCCAACAAGAAGUUUGCCGAUGCACAGGCCAUAAAAGACGACUGUGAAAAGGAGCUCGCCAAGGCAGUAUCAGCUCUCAAUGCUGCCACAGACGCCCUCAACACCCUCAAACAAGAUGACAUACGCGUCGUCAAGGCCAUGAAGAACCCGCCCUCAGGAGUCAAGCUGGUAAUGGAAGCUGUGUGUGUAAUGCUGGACCUCAAGCCAGAGAGGAAGCCAGACCCUAAUGGCUCAGGAAAAAUGAUUGAGGACUAUUGGGCACCAUCUCAGAAGCUGUUGGGGGAUAUGAAGUUCCUCCAGAACCUGCUGCACUAUGACAAAGAAAACAUUCCCACAAAGAUUAUCACUCACGUCCGCAACAAGUUCUACUCUCACCCGGAUUUUGACCCAAAGAAGAUACGUAUGGUAUCAAUGGCUUGUGAGGGCCUCUGCCGAUGGGUGAGGGCCAUGGUUGUCUAUGAUCAAGUCAUAAAGAUUGUCGCCCCCAAGAAACAAGCUUUGGAGGCUGCCAACCAUGAACUGGCCCCCCAGAAUGAAAGGCUAGAGGAAAAGAGGAAGGAACUCAGAGAGGUAAUGUGUGAACCGAGAAAGAUGUGUGAAAUAAAAGACAUUGCAUGUAGAACCAUUUCAACAUAUAGAAUUACUGUAUGGUAGACUUAGUCAUCAUUA